GAGCUGCUUUUCAGUGUCACACAUCAAUGCCAGUCAGUGCCACCUAUCAGUGCUGCCAAUCAGUGCCGCCUAUCAGUGUUAGUCAGUGCCGCUUAUCAGUGUGCAUCAGUGUCGCCUAUAAGUGCCCGUCAGUGUCGCCUAACAGUGCCAGCCAGUGCCACCUAACAGUGUCAGUCGGUGCCAUGUAUCAGUGCCAGUCAGUGCCGCCUAUCAGUGCCAUCAGUGCCUCCUCAUCAUCAGUGCCCAUCAGUGCCACCUAUCAGUGUCCAUCAGUG